UUAAAAAGUAAAAAGCUCGCAAGCUCGACACUGAAAGUCUUACCCACCACUCAGCAUGUCGUUGUUAUCUUUGAAAUGUGCUUCACUCUCCUUCCAUCCCUACAACUCAACUUCUGACAACAAUUUCCCAUUCCCACCCCAUUCAAUUCCACUUUCUACAAUCAAAUACUCACCACUUUCACAGAAAUACUCUAGAGAUGGAAACUGGGUUUCUCUCAGAACUAGAUUUCGCGCGAAAUCUGAUGCAGAUUCCAACCAACAAUUUUCCCAGGAAAAUUUAGCACCUGCCACCGCUGAUGGUAGCAGUUCAUCGUCGACUACAACUAGUUUCUUGUCUUUUCUUUGUCCGUUGCUCAAGCUCUUCUCUGGAGGAGAUCCCUCUCGAGAACGGAAUUAUGCUUUGGAGGCAGCAACAUCUUCAUUGUCUACCUUCACACGACUUCCAUGGGGAUCAAGAUCACUAUUACAGAGCUUGGACAAAUCAGAGACAACUUCAAAUUCUUCUGAACUUUUACAACUCUUUGAAUUUGAAGCAUGCCCCUUUUGCAGGAGGGUCCGAGAAGCCCUGACUGAGCUAGAUCUUUCAGCCGAGGUGUAUCCUUGUCCAAAGGGCUCCAUAAGACAUAGGGAAAUGGUCAGAAAAUUUGGUGGCAAAGAGCAGUUUCCUUUUCUAAUUGACCCAAACACCGGGAUUUCAAUGUAUGAAAGUGGUGACAUUGUAAAAUAUCUAUUUCUGGAAUAUGGUAGAGGGAGAAGCCCCUCAAUGGGGCUUUUGGAAAGCACAUUGUUCACAGGAUGGAUGCCAACAAUUCUUCGAGCUGGCAGAGGAAUGACCAAGUGGGAAAGGGCCAGACUAGAUCCACCAUCUGAGAAGUUGGAACUUUUCUCAUAUGAGAACAAUCAGUAUGCCAGACUUGUGCGUGAGGCACUAUGUGAAUUGGAGCUCCCAUAUAUCCUUCAAAACGUCGGAGCAGGAUCUCAGAGGACAAAUUUGCUGCUUGAGGUAUCUGGAUCCCAAGAGGUUCCAUUUUUAGUUGAUCCCAACACUGGCGCUCAAAUUGGUGACUACAAGAAUAUCUUGGCAUAUUUAUUCAAUACAUAUUCAGCAGCUGCAACAUAGUUUCAACUUCUGAUAUCUACCACUUGAAAACGCCAGUGGAGGCAAUUUCAUGCACAUACUGUAGUAUUUGUAUUAUAAUAUCGUGUGAUAUGUUAACUGUUGUUUAUAUAUUAAAUAUUAUUUACAUUUUA